GUCUGGGCGAGCAGUAUAUAUACUGAGUCGAGGAAUCAGUCAGCAACCAGUGAUCUGCAAGCAGCAGUACAACCAACAUGAGGCUUAACCUGGUAAUCUUCGCUUGCCUCUUCGUGAGCUGCUUUUGCGAGAAUGCGGCUCCAGUGAAGAAGCAAGAAAAGAGAGGUCUGCUUAGUCUUGGAUAUGGACACGGAGGUUACGGCUAUGGAGGAUACGGCUAUGGUGGAUCAGGUUACGGAUUAGGUUCCUACGGUCUCGGCUCCGGAGGCUACGCGCUCGGUGGAGGUGGACUCGGCAGUGGACUUGGUGGCGGCUUCGGCUUCGGAGGCGGCGCCAUAGUCGGCGGUGGAGUGCCUACUUCGGUCAACACAGUGACCAGUGCCGUCGCUGUUCCUCAACCCGUGCCAGUUCCAGUAUCGGUUCCUCGCCCAGUUCCUGUUCCACAACCCGUAGCAGUUCCCGUGGCUGUGCCUCGUCCAGUCCCCGUUCCAGUGCCACAGCCUGUCCCAGUUACUGUGGUGCGCCCUUAUCCAGUAGUCGUUCCAAGACCUCAGCCAGUUCCUCAGCCAAUACCAGUCCCAGUAGCCGUUCCACAGCCCGUACCUGUUUCUGUCCCACAGCCUGUACCAGUCACUGUGAAUAGGCCAGUUCCAGUUUCUGUACCACAGCCCGUGAUUGUUCCUCAGCCAGUCGCUGUCUCAGCUGGUUCUGGAUUCGGCCUCGGCGGUGGUAGCUUAGGAUUCGGCAGCGGACUUGGUGGUGGACUCGGUGGUUACGGCGGUGGAUAUGGCGGUGGAUACGGCGGUGGAUACGGAGGUGGUAGCUACAGCUACGGUUCUGGACUAGGAUAUGGCCACGGACUCCACGGAGGAUACCUGAAAAUUCAUCACUAAAAAUCUUUAAAAUCCAGUCAUCAUUUUCGUACCUUUUUUAUACUAUUGUAAUGUAAGGACCCGCAAGUAUUAUUGUUAAGUAAAAAAUAAUAUAUAUAUUUUUUUUAUUUAUGUUUUUUAUUAUCUUUACUAAGCAUGCCCUCCUAUUUUUGACUGCCUUCAAAUUCUAAAUAUUUAAUCAAUAAAUAAAAUAUGAGUACCCAGCUUUUUGCGGAAAUCCUGGACUAUGAAACUUAAUAUUUCAUCAGAUUCGUAAUUAAAACUAUAUGAUACCUAAUCAAAAUUAAAAAAAUAACUUGCAAUAUUUACAUAGUUAUAUUACACUGCUAAUUGUCAAUCUGAAUCCAAUUGUUAUCAAAUGUCCAUUUAUGAUAAAUGUAUUGUACCCUUUAUGGAACAGAACAACUUUCACUUGAUUUAUUU